GGAGGUGGAAGCUACAUACCUGUGCCUUAGUAACCAUGGAUGACUACCCAAUGUUCGCUAUGUUGACCCUAUCCGUGCUAUGGGGUCCACUCCUCCGUUUCUUGUUUCCUCGAGGAUUCCACCGGACAUGCGACAUGAGUGUAACCAUGACAUCUGGUGGGACAACGCAGCCAUAUACAACACAUCAACAGGCAGAAAUUAAUCGAAAGAUGGUUGAGAAGAAGAAAGAGGAGAAAAAGAGAAAGGAGGAGGAGGAAGUUAAGAAGAAACUCGAGGAGGAGAAGGAGAAAAUGGAGAAAGAGACGAAGAAGAAAGAAGAAGAAUUGGAGGAGGAGCUAGAAGUUAAAGAAAAAGAGGAAGUAGGAGGAGGAGGAGGAGGAGGAGGAUUGGUGAGGAGACGAGCCCAACCAGAAGGAGAGGAGGUGGCGGAGAGCAGCCAUGCUGUAAAGUUGAGACUCCAACAGGUUGAGGACUUGGACUGGGUGGAGAAAUUUGGGUACGAAACAGAGCUUAUAGAAGAACAUGAUGAUAUGGGAUCGUUUUAUAGCGAAGUUGGCAGCAACAUGGAUCAAGAGGUAAGGAAGUUGAUUGAGGAGAAAAAAUGGGAACUCAAUUAAAAGUUGUUGGCCGCAAGAAGGAAAGAAUUUGAGGAGAUGAAAAAACAAGGAGGAAGGGGAGCGACUCCAGACGUUGUUGAAAGAGCAGAAAGGGAAACAAGUAGAAACAAAGGAACGUUGGAAUC